AUGCCGUUUGAGCCUUUGAAAAACGAUCUUAUCUUACGAGCUGCAAAAGGCGAAAAGGUCGAGAGACCGCCUAUCUGGAUCAUGAGACAAGCUGGGAGGUACUUACCCGAGUAUCACAAGGCUAAGGGAGACAGGGAUUUUUUUGAAACUUGUAGAGACGCAGAGAUUGCAUCUGAAAUCACCAUCCAGCCUGUAGACCACUUUGAUGGCCUCAUUGAUGCUGCCAUUAUCUUCUCGGAUAUCUUGGUGAUCCCUCAGGCUAUGGGGUUUGAGAUCAAUAUGGUGGAGGGCAAAGGGCCUGUUUUCGUUGACCCAUUGAGAGAGCCAAAGGAUUUGGAUAGAGUGAAUUUGAAGCCAGACGUGCUCAAGUCGUUGGACUGGGCCUACAAGGCCAUCACGCUCACCAGAACAAAAUUGAAGGGCAGAGUGCCAUUGUUGGGCUUUUGUGGUGCUCCAUGGACGCUUCUAGUGUACAUGACCGAGGGCCAGGGUUCUAAGAUGUUUAGAUUCGCCAAACAGUGGAUCUACGAGUUCACUAAGGAAUCCCACGUUUUGCUCCAGGCCAUCACCGAUGCUUGCACGGAGUUCUUGGCACAGCAAGUCGUGGCAGGUGCCCAGAUGUUGCAGGUAUUCGAGUCGUGGGCCGGUGAAUUGGGACCCUACGAGUUUAACGAGUUCUGCUUGCCUUACUUACGCCAGAUUGCUGAAAAAUUACCCAAAAGACUCGUGGAGCUUGGUGUGGAGGAGAAGAUUCCCCUCACAGUGUUUGCCAAAGGUGCAUGGUACGCAUUGGACGACUUAUGUGAGUCUGGCUACGACACUGUGUCGUUGGACUGGCUCUACAAGCCAGAGGAUGCUGUUAAGGUGGUCAAUGGAAGAAGAGUGACAUUGCAAGGCAACUUAGACCCUGGCAUCAUGUAUGGAUCUGACGAGGUGAUCACACAAAAAGUGGAGCAGAUGAUCAAGGGUUUCGGUGGAGGCAAGCAGAACUACAUCAUCAACUUUGGCCACGGAACACACCCAUUUAUGAAGCCCGAGAAAAUCGAGCAUUUCCUCAAAGAGUGCCACCGUUUUGGAAGUGCCUAA